AACCACAAUUCUUCUCUUUCCUCUUCCUUUUCACUGCUUUCUCUUCUCAAACAUACAUGUUUCAUCAUAAGAUUAAAAAGGAUCAAAAGCUAUAAAAAAAUAUUAAUAAGAAGAAGGAGAAGAAGGAGAAGAAGGAGAAGAAGAAGAAGAAGAAGCGCCAAUGCUUCCUCUGCCCAUUCUCGAUCUCAAGGAUUUCCAAGAAAAGUUCACCACUCACUUCAGACCUUGGCAACGCUCCUUCCAGUUCUGGGUCCGAGCUACUGAUAUCUAUACUGGGUACAAGGUGUUUCAGCUCCGGGUGAGUAUUGUGAAGGAUGUGCAGAAGCAAGAGGAAAUGUGGGAAAGGCAGCAUCAGCUCGCGGCUGAUAAGAUAUACGCCAUGUGCGCUGACCUCGGCGGUUUCUUCCUCAAAGUUGCACAAAUUGUUGGGAAGCCAGACUUGGCCCCUGCUGCUUGGGUGAGGAGGCUGGUCACACUGUGUGACCAAGCUCCUGCAACCCCAUUUGAUGCGGUCCAACGUGUGCUGGAGAAGGAGUUUGGCCAAAGUAUUUGGGAAAUGUUUGAAAGUAUCGACGAGUAUCCUCUUGGUUCUGCCUCAAUUGCACAGGUUCACCGAGCAAGAUUAAAAGGCGAUAAGAGUGAUGUUGUUGUCAAGGUGCAACAUCCUGGAAUUCAAGAUCUGAUGAUGACUGAUAUCCAUAACUUACAAGCUUUUGCUUUAUAUAUGCAAAAGACAGAUAUCAAAUUUGAUCUCUACUCUGUGACCAAGGAAAUGGAGAAACAGAUUGGAUACGAAUUCGACUUCAUGAGGGAGGCUAAUGCUAUGGAAAAACUUCGACGUUUUCUGUAUGAGAAUAACAAAAAGACUCCCGUUUUGGUGCCACGAGUGGUGCGGGAUUUGGUCACUAGGAGGGUCUUAGUCAUGGAAUAUAUAGUUGGAAUCCCAAUCCUGAAUCUUGGUGAUGAAAUAGCAAAAAGAGGCAUCAAUCCUAGUGGUAAAGUGGCGGCAGCAGCGAAGCAGAAAAUUCUUAAGAGUUUAACACUGGCAUAUGGACAAAUGAUUCUGAAGAAUGGUUUCUUCCAUGCAGAUCCUCAUCCAGGAAAUAUCUUGAUCUGUAAAGGUUCAGAGGUUGCGUUGCUAGACUACGGGCAAGUUAAGGAUCUACCAAAUGAAUUGAGGCUUGGUUAUGCUAAUCUUGUUCUUGCCAUUGCGGAUAAUGACCCUGUAAAAGCAUCAGAGAGCUACAGGGAGCUUGGCAUAAAAACGUUGGCAAACUGUAAAAAUGAGCAGGAGGAACUGUUUAAGUUGGCACAAACAAUGUUCGACACAAAAUUACCCCCUGGAGUAACGAUGCUGCAACCGUUCUCGGAGGAUUCUUCAAUAAAAAAAGUUGGUGUUGUGGCUUUUCCAGAGGAGCUGUUUUCUGUUUUGCGGACUGUACAUCUAUUGAGAGGACUUAGCGUUGGUCUGGGAAUCAACUACUCAUGCGCUGAACAAUGGAAACCGCUUGCGGAAGAAGCUUUAUAUCAAGCUGGGAGAUUAAAAGGGCAAGGUAUCAAGCCGAGAGUGCGUCGACGUGGUUUGAUCAGACGACCUUUGGAGAAACUGAUCGACUUGGAUGACAAAUAGUAGUCUUUAUUAGGAAAAAUUUUGUUAAUUUGUUAAAUCUUUUACUAGUCAUCUGAUCAUAUGUACAAGACAAGCAAAAUUCAAUUCAUUUGAAUGACAUUUGUUAUUGGGUACCACAAACAAAAUAGUUUGACUUGGUCUUAACAAUGGGAUGGGAGUUAUGAGUGAAAUUGUGAUGCAUGUUAUAAUCCUUAAAGCUCGCACAGACAUAUUUAAAUAUAAUCUUUAAAUAAAAUUAUG